AAAAAUAAGAUCAGGCUCAUUCAAAUUAGACAAAAUAGGGGAAAAAUGGAGAGACUGGGGAUAUAGGAGGAGGCUGGCUGUAGAUCCCGCCUUUCUGGCCGUGGGUUGGUCAGGAAAACCCAAAUCCAGCGCUGUGAUUGGACUGGUUUCCUCCGGACGGGUGAAACAGUCUCCCCUCAUAGACACAAGAAAGUUUAGCACUGGACGCUUACAGGCAGUAGGCGCAAACUAGGACAUGCAGCGCGUUCCUCUGGCAAGAAGUUAUCAUUGUAACAAAUCGGGAAUAUAUCAGACAUGUAGAGGUAUCUUCAAGCUGCGGGAAACCAACCAAUUCCUCCAGGCGUAGCUCUGGCAAUGCUUCGCCAACUAUAUUUUCUGGAUAUCUGACUGCGGAGAACGGCUCAGAGUGGGAUGUUGUAACCUCAAAAGACGCACGGGACGACACGCGCCGCGCUCCUGCUGGACUAACCUUAAACCCACGUGCCUCGGUGUCCAAGGCGACCCGCCUUACCGGAGUCUGUGGAGAUAAUAUUAUUCACUCGGUCGGUUCUGGUAUUGGUGGAGGAGGUGGUGGUGGUGGGGGGUUUUCUGUCAACAUGCCCGGGACAAUGAGGAUGAUGAUGGUGUCGCUCGCGCUCCUCUUGGUCUGUCCGCUCUUCUUGGCCAUUGAUGCGUUCGGCGACGACGAGGAGGAGAUGACCUGUGACCCAAUCCGGAUCAGCAUGUGCCAGGGUCUGGGCUACAACGUCACCAAGAUGCCCAACCUGGUGGGCAACGUGCUGCAGUCGGACGCCGAGCUGCAGCUGACCACGUUCACGCCGCUCAUACAGUACGGCUGCUCCAGUCAGCUCAAGUUCUUCCUUUGCUCAGUUUAUGUGCCCAUGUGCACAGACAAGGUCCCCAUCCCCAUCGGGCCGUGUAAGAGCAUGUGUUUGUCCGUCAAGAGAAAAUGCCUCCCUGUUCUUCAUGAGUUUGGCUUCAUUUGGCCUGAGGUGCUUAACUGCAGCCUCUUCCCACCUAUUAAUGACCACAACCACAUGUGCAUGGAGGGUCCAGGUGACGAAGAUCCCCCUUACCAACCGGUCCGCCACCCUCCUCACCAGGAGGAAUGUCAGGCCCUCGGAUCGGCACCUGAGCAGUACACUUGGCUCAAACAAACCGAGACCUGUACCCUCCAGUGUGGCUACGACAGUGGCCUUUACCGACGGGGCGCCAAAGUCUUCACAGAUGCCUGGAUGGCGGUGUGGGCCGUUCUGUGCUUCUUGUCGACCACUCUGACGGUCUUGACCUUCCUCCUGGACUCGCAGCGUUUCUCCUAUCCCGAGAGGCCAAUCAUCUUUCUUUCAAUGUGCUGCAAUCUGUACAGUGUUGCUUACCUGGUACGACUGACUCUUGGAAGAGAGCGAGUUUCCUGUGACUUGGACGCCACUGCCGUUCCGAUUCUGGUCCAGGAAGGAUUAAAGAGCACCGGCUGUGCCAUAGUCUUCCUUCUCCUCUAUUUCUUUGGCAUGGCGUCCUCGCUGUGGUGGGUGAUCCUUACCCUCACCUGGUUUUUGGCUGCUGGACUGAAGUGGGGUCAUGAAGCAAUUGAAAUGCACAGUUCAUACUUCCACAUAGCGGCCUGGGCCAUCCCAGCUGUUAAAACCAUCGUUAUCCUUAUAAUGCGACUGGUAGAUGCUGAUGACCUUACUGGGCUGUGCUACGUUGGUAACCAGCAGCAAGAGGCUCUCACAGGCUUUGUGGUUGCACCGUUGGCAACGUACCUUCUCAUAGGCACGCUGUUCAUCUGCGCAGGCCUGGUUGCUCUCUUCAAGAUCCGCUCUAAUCUGCAAAAGGAUGGAGCUAAAACGGACAAAUUGGAGCGUCUAAUGGUGAAGAUCGGAGUGUUCUCUGUUCUUUACACCGUUCCUGCAUCCACAGUCAUUGGAUGUUAUCUCUACCAGCUGUCUAACUGGGAGGAGUUCAAGACGAGCCCCCGGGACUCGUAUGUGGCGUCGGAGAUGCUUCGGAUCUUCAUGUCACUGCUUGUGGGCAUCACAUCAGGCAUGUGGAUUUGGUCGGCGAAGACCCUCCACACCUGGCAGCGCUGCUCCGCCCGACUGCUGAGGGACAGCCGGGCAAGCCGAGGCGGCAAGAGGGCGCCGGUUGAAAGCUGGAUCAAACCGGGAAAAGGCAACGAGACAGUGGUGUGACGAGAUGCAGAGAAAAUGAACGGGAAACACGUUCUGCGUUGUUUUUUUUCUCGAAAAGAAACUUUCUCUGCCAAAUGAAGGACGAAGAGAGUCGGCAACCUGGUUAGAAAUGGGACAGAGGAUUGAAGCCAGACUUUCUCAGAGAAGCCACUGGAUAUAACGCCAUUGCAUGAACUCCCUGCCUCCAGUAGGAGUUAUGAAGGAGAAAAUAGGAAGACUGAGUCAUACAUGUUGUUGCAAGAGUAGCCUCUCUACCUCUCAUUAGAUUUCUGUCGCAUUGAGAGGUGGGGAAAAGCAAAAAAUGAGUCAAUCAAAAAGAAGACAUGCUGAAAAGGCAGAAAAGAUGCACAUAAGCAAUGAUUCUACCUUUCUGUCUUUUUUUUUUUUAAGUGAUCAGCAGAAGAGACCCACCCUGCUGAAUAUAGUAAAGCUGUGUGCUAUUGUGACUUUUAAAGGGCUUUUAAAUUUUACACUUUGACACUGGAGCAGAUUUACAGAUAUUUGGCUUCCCAGAAAUAUCUGAUGUCACCUGGGCAAUGUUAAUGUUGCAGGUUAAUCAACAUUAAAAUACCAGACCAACUGUAGAAAAUACCCAAAAUACUGACUUAAAUCUACAAUUUGUUUACAGACAAACAGUCUGCAUUUCUGUCAGGUUAUGAGGUUUUUUUUUUUUUAAAUCAGAUGCUAGUACAGGUGGAUUUUAUUGCUUUGGAUUUGUGGGAACGAGGCUCGGUGCUGUAAUUAUUGCACU